AGCGCUUGAGCUCACAGACCCGGACGCGACGCUCACAGACCUCGGUUCCCCAAGCGUCUCAGACUUUCGCGGUCUCGGCAGUCAUGGAUUCUUUCAGUGACGAUGCAGAGCUGUCGUUGUCGCAGAUCCUGGAAGCAAUGAUUGAUGAGGAGGCGGGCCUCGCUGAUACUCCGGUGUUUCAGGAAGAGAAGCCUCAUUUGCAGCUUGAAGAGACACACGUGGUGCAGGAAGAGUCGGACGGAGCUGGCAGAGCUGAGUGCGCUCAAAACCAGGCCCAGGACGAAGAUGGCUGCCGCACCCCAGAUCGCUGUGAGAAUGAGCCACAUUCUCAGGUCAAUGGGGCACUGCGCACGCCGAAGAAGAAAGGUGAUGUCGCUGUCCAGCCACUUUCAUCCUCCAAGACCGUAUCCCUAAAACGGUUCGCUUCUGAUGUCGCUUCCGAUGAAGUGAAGCAUCAAGAGGAUCUUGAGUGGGAAGUUGUUUGGCAGCAACUUGAAGCCCAAGGAUGGCGCAUGGACUUCGGACCUCGAGGAAUGGGAGUGCAGGUCUACUACAUGCCACCUGGUGUAUGGCGUGGACCAGGCAAGAAGAACCGGAUUGAUUACUUUGAUUCGAAGAAGUUGGUGAUGCAGCUAAUUCAAGGUGCUUCGAAUUCCAGCCAGAAACAACGAAAGCUGGGAUAGCGAAAACAUGACACGAUGCAUGAUUACUCCGUCUGUAGGUGGCGUGGAUAUAGACCAUAGCAGGAAGUACACCCAGAAGGACGAUCUGGAGCUGAGGAUAGGAUUCGCAGGAUGCCGUGGACCAUUCGUUCUGGAAGGGGGACAAAGCAUCGUCCACUUGCCUGCAAGUGUUUCUUUGUGGGAGCCUGUUUUGAGCAGUUGAGCCAAUGCGAACGCUCCAUGGCAACGCGAACGUUGAGGUGGGCGAUGAAGCAGCUGACGCCGUGCGGCCAAAAC